CCCGAGACUCAUUCAAUCCCAGUGUUUCGUGCGCAACACAGCUCUCCCAGCUCCCAAUAAUUGUAGUUUUUUUCCAAAUCGUCCAGUGUGUUAGACUUCUAGUUUUUCCGGCUCCUUAUUUUCAAAUUAAGUUCGUUCAAGGCACUAUGCAGUCGCUCAAGUCCAUCUCCUUGGCCCUCGUAAAGGUGCAGCUGCAGAGACCCGCGGUGGUGGCCAGGUCGUUCCGCCUCGACUGCCAGCGCCUGGGCAUGAACAAGGGCCCCGACACCAAGGUGUCCGCCACCGUCCGCACCAGCAACCUGAAGGACGAGGACUCCCAGACGGAGCUCGUGCCCGAGGAGCCCCGCAAGGCCGAGCUGCCGCAACCCCACCGACGCAACGAGCUGGAGCAGCGCAAGAUCCGCAAGGCCGAGUACGAGACCUACCUGAAGAACCUGCUGGACCAGCAGAAGACCCCCUCGGACGCCGCCGUCCGGUGCGUGCCCUUCGUGCGGAACGCCGGCUCGUCGGAGAACCCGAAGCGCAGGCGCUACGACAGCCCGGAGGUCCUCCUGCAGCAGGUCAGCGACCCCAUGGAGCUGGCGAAGGAGCUGGUGAAGAUGGCGCGGCAGUUGUACACGGAGCGGCAAAAGAGUGAGAUCAUGAUGCAGAACUUCCUGGACCUUGAGGCUUCGGUCAUGUCCAGGGGUUCCCUUGCCGCUCCGUGUACGCGGACUGCCGCCGCCACCACCGCUCCUUCCGCCAAUCCCGCCACUGCCGCUGCUUCCCCCUCCACCGCCACUCUCAGCUCCAGCUCCAGCUCCCCUUCAGACGAGGGCCCCAAGGACUAGACCCUGCGAUCCUCCGGUAGAGCGCUUCGAGCAGUAGGAUGUAGAACCCUUUGGCUUUAGUUUAGACCCGGUUUAGUUUAGGCCCCUUCUGUAAUAAAAAAUUCAAAAUUC